UAAAAACCCUUUGGCUAAAAACGCGAAUCUCAAAGAUUUUUCCGAGCUCUGUUCGCCGUCUUUGAGUGUACUCCUCGACGAUCUCGUUCACCGGACUUGUCGCACUGUUUCUUACAGAGUGUUGAGUGAUAAAAGAGAGAGGUAUGAGUGGUUUUAGAGCUUUUAAAGCACAAGUGCCCGUUGAAUGGAGCCAGAGCUUAUACAUUACUUUAGUGAGAGGUCUCCCUGGAACGAGGAAGCUUCACAGGCGAACUCUUGAAGCUAUGGGACUUCGUAGAUGUCAUCGUACUGUUUUGCACUCAAACACUUCAUCCAUUAGGGGAAUGAUUAACCAGGUUAAGAGGAUGGUUGUUGUUGAAACGGAAGAGAUGUACAAUGCUCGUAAAGAAGCAGAAGCUAACCACAAAGCUUUGCGCCCGCCUCUUGUUGUUAGUCAUUCCAGCCCUGCUACAGAUUCAUCUAUCAUGUCUUGAGUACUUUUACAUGAUGGUAAGUUCUGCUUCGAUCACUUGAAUAAGAUCCACUUUAUUAAGUUGAAUAUCUUGGUAAGAUGUCCUGAUGGUAGUCAUAAAGAAACUAGUCUUAGACGCUUGAUGAAAAAUGUUGGCAUCAGUAUGUUUGGUGCCUCUUAUGUUUUUGUAUACAUUGAAAUAUUUGUGUAUGUUUGCACUCGGUUUGGUUAUAUUUUGCGGCCAGUGUUUCAAGA